AUGGCUUCGAUGUUAACAAGGCAUAGAAAAGAGAAGAUAAAGAAGGGUAUAUAUUUUUCUUUUAUACGAGACAGGGGAAAUAUCGAGGAGCCUUUAUGCGAGAAGUUCCCGGCCCUGUUUCAGUUGGAGAGAUACAAAAACGUUUUAAUCAAGGAGCGGGUGGUGGAUGGUCCUAAUGGUUUGGAGCUGAAGUUUCUGUGGAUCAGGUUACCUUCGGUGGCUGCCGAGAUAUCCGAGUUAAACAUCCUAUCUGAUGCUAUUGUUCGAUAUGAAUUUGGGUUGGGUGCUUACAAAUGGGAUUGGAUCUUGGACAGCUCCGGUAGAUUCUCGGUGAGCAGUGUUAAGGAGAAGACGCAACGUUUAAUGUUUUCAGAUCUUCGGCUGGAUUUUGAAUGGAAUAAUUGGUCCCCCAUCAAGGUAAAUUUUUUAGUUUGGAGACUAAUUCAAGAUAAGCUUCCGACCAAUGCGGCUUUGAAUAGAAGAAAUGUCAUAAUAGAAGAUAAUCGUUGUAAAAUGUGCGGUGAUGAGGAAGAGUCUGCUUUUCAUCUUUUCGCCUCAUGCCGUAUUGCGGAGCAAAUUUGGGAGUUCAUAACUCGGUGGUGCAGAAUAAAACAAGUUCCUGUUUUGGAGUUGAAAGACUUGGCAAAUAUACAUAAAUGCAACAGAGGAUCACAUAGGUGGAAGAAAACGGUUAACUUGGUAACACAAGCGACCAUAUGGGUGAUCUGGAGAAGCCGAAACGAGGCGGUAUUUGAAGGAAAGCAACCCUAUGUUAAUAGGAUGAAGGAAGAAAUCAAGAUGUUCGGGUAUAUGUGGCUGAAAAGUAGAGUUAAAGCGCUAAUAUUUCAUGGGAUAACUGGUGUAAUUUCGAUUUAA